AUGCAAGACACUGAGACGCCAUCGUCGUCUCCUCGACGAUCGAUAAGAGCUUUGGAUGCGUCGAGGAGGACCAGCCUCAGUUUAGUAGCUGAUGGUUUAUCCCUCUAUGAUGGAUAUGGCCCUGGUCAGCACACCAGGAACAGAAAGAUUGACGAGAAAGCGGAGUAUUCGGUCAUUCAUCGACCAGAAGCCCGCGCUAUCGAGCCAAGAACACCCAUUUCGUGCCCGCAGUUACUCAUUCUUGGAGCUCCACCCAUGCACGACCCCGACGCGUCGCCAUUAUCUCCCCCACAGUCGAUUAAAGCAUUGUUGGAUGCGUCAACGAGCGUUAGUUUAACUGACGUAUGUUUCUAUAAUCUGUCUUCUGUUCCUGAUCACACAAAGAAUACCACAGAUGAAAAAGCGGACUACUCAAUCUUUCACCAACCCGACCUUGGCACUUUCGAGCCAAUACCCUGUGGAAAACCAAGGACACCACAACAAGAAGCUGCUCUAAAUGCAGUGGUGCAGGCAUCGCUACGGUACCUGUUCGAUACGCAUGAUGCUUGUUCGUCACCAUGUCAGUCCCAAUUGUUCGGUCAGACGCCAUGGGAAUCUGACAGUAGUCACGACGAUGGUAGGGAUACCAAAGAGCACAGACCAAAGCGACAACGCCUGCUAUCGGCUGAUGAGGAGUACUCGACUAUGCGCUUUAAGGCUCAUCAGACAAGGGCGUGGGACCAAAAUAUCAAGGAUCUGUUGAGCUUCAGAGCAAGAGAAGGCCAUUGCUCAGUACCACACUCGUAUCCAGAGAAUCCAGCUCUUGCUAGAUGGGUCAAACGUCAACGCUAUCAGCACAAUCUUCGCGCUGAAGGGAAGAAAACCUCGACCAUGACAGCAAGUCGAGUCAAAGUCCUUGAAGACAUUGGAUUCAUUUGGGACUCACGUCUUGCGGUGUGGGAGGAGCGCUUAUGCGACCUACGAAAGUAUUGUUCCCAGCAUGGUAAUUGUGAGGUUCCAGCACACUAUCAGGGCAACCAGAAGCUAGCUACUUGGGUAAAGUGCCAGCGCCGCCAAUACAAACUUUACCUUGCGGGAAAACCAAGUACAAUGAAUGCAGAGCGCGUGGGCAUCUUGGACAAACUUGGAUUCUCGUGGGAUGUACAAUCUUUUAAGAAGAACAGGUUUUCUGUGCCAUGA